AUGCUCCGCCGCCCAGCCGCUGCGCUCGCCUCCGGCGCCCUGGCCAUCGCCUUUGCCGACCUCGACUUCAAGUCGACCUUCCGCGGCCAGCUCGGACCGCCGCGGCCGACGGCAAAGGCGCUCGAGGCUGGCACGACCGCGACUGGGCGGCUGCUGUCUCAGGAGGGCGCCGUGCUGCAGCGAGGCCCGUUCCACUCGCUGUGGAUCCGUGUCGGCGGGUCCGAGGUCAGCACAGCUGCGCUCGAGGAUCUGGUCUCGAACGCGCUCGAGGACCAAGCGGCGAGGAAGGUGCCGGGUGCAGUCUACGUCGCGCUGGACGAGCGCAACGUCGCCUCGGAGCACGUGCGCUGCCUGCACCGCUGCGGCUUCCGCUUUCACCACCACCGGACGGAGGCGGCGGCAGAGGCCGAGUUUGUCUACUACCGCUGGCCCGACCGUCCCGACUACCCAGACAAGGUUCCGCCGUACGCGACGGCGACCGAGGGCGUCGGCGCGCUCGUCCUGUCGCCCGACGAGACGCGGGUCCUGCUGGUGUGGGAGUAUGGCUGCUGGAAGAUGCCGACGGGCGCUGUGGAUGCGAGCGAGGGCGUGCUGCAGGCGCUGCGGCGCGAGCUGCGCGAGGAGGUUGGCUGCCGCGUCGACAGCGACUUCUCGCCGCUCUACCUCGGCGGGUGGCAGAAUGCGCGCGCCUUCGACGAGCGCGUCAACAACCACUUUUCCGUCUACGCCCUCCGAGCGCGCGCGGCCGCCGCAGGCGCGGCGAGUCAGCCCGCGGCGAACCGGAUGCUCCUCGACGUAGCGGGGCUCUUCCCGGAGGCGGCGGAGCUGAGCGGCGACGAGCUCGUGACGCAGGUAUCGACGACGCUGCUGCAUUCGGUCGAGACGCUGCAGAGCGGGCGCGGCCUCGCCUGCGGCGAGACGGACAGAGCCGUGCAUAUCAAAUAG